GCUGCGAGCAGACACACGCGCGCACAGGUGAACUAUCUGUACAGAGACUGUGGCAGUGGGAUAGACGAGGUGCUGUGAGGGUGGAUAACAGAAGCAUGGUGCAGCAGACAGAGAACUGCGAGACGGAGAGUUUAUCCAGAGAGGCGACCGACUCGGACGAGAGCGAGUUUAUGGCGUGCAGCCCAGUGCCCGGCUCCGAAAUGAACCCGGACUGGUGCCGGACAGCCACCGGCCACAUCAAACGGCCCAUGAACGCGUUUAUGGUAUGGUCCAAAAUCGAGCGGCGAAAGAUCAUGGAGCAGUCACCGGAUAUGCACAACGCUGAGAUCUCCAAGCGCUUGGGCAAACGCUGGAAAAUGCUGAAGGACAGCGAGAAGAUCCCGUUCAUCCGUGAAGCCGAACGGUUGCGCUUGAAGCACAUGGCAGACUACCCUGAUUACAAGUACCGUCCGAAGAAAAAACCAAAGCUGGACAACAACUCGUCCAAAUCGUCGCUGUCUCCAGAGAAGUCGUGCGCAAAGGUGCCGAAAAGCGGCGGCUCCUCCAACAAGAAGUGUCCCAAACUGAAAACGAACAAGUCUGCAAGCAAAUACGCGGAUGACUACGCGUACAAGAGUGCCAAAGUGGCAAAGAUCGUGAAGAGCGAGUUCACGGAUGAUGACGACGACGACGACUACGAGUACGAGGAGGAGAGGAUGCAGGCGCGCUUAAAGGACCUGGAUGAGGAGGAGCGGACUCGCGUGUACGGCGCGGCUAAAGUCCCCGCCAGUCCCACUCUGAGCGCCGGCGCGGACCUGGAGACCGCCAGCAUGUACGAGGACGCGACUCGGAGCUCAGCGCCACACAGCGCACGCCUCUACUACAACUUCAAGAACAUCACCAAGCAGAGCGCGCCGUGCGCCUCGUCCUAUUCCUCAUCAUCCUCAUCCUCUCCAGCCUCGGCGCGCUCCGUGUCCAUAUCAUCCAGCUCGAGUGAGGACUCGGAUGACCUGCUGUUCGAUUUUAGCCUCAAUUUAGCAGCCGCGUCGCAGUACUCCGAGUCGGGCGGCCUGGCUUCAAAUCUCUCCCUCUCCUUAGUGGAUAAGGACUUGGACUCGUUCAGUGAAGGCAGCCUCGGCUCACACUUUGAGUUCCCUGACUACUGCACACCCGAGCUGAGCGAAAUGAUCGCCGGUGACUGGCUCGAGAAAAACUUUUCCGACCUGGUGUUUACGUACUAAAACUGUAAUAACAUGCGGCUGAAGGAUUGAAGAAAAAAAGAUGAUGAUAAUGAUGAUGAUUAUUGAUUGAUUGAUUGAUUUCACGUGUCCUGUAGGCUACACGUUUGUUUGUUGUGAUCCUCCAUCACCUUGUGGUGUUGGUCUGCUUAGCAGUUUGAGGAGAGAAAGGUUGGAGGAGGAGUAGAUGCGUGUGAAGAACGGUACUGUAGCAGAGAGAGAGAAGGAUAAGUAAAUGAAAACAGACUUUUUUUUCUGGCAGCAUGACAGGGUUUUAAGGAUUUUUUUUUUCUGUAGGUCUACAAUAUAUUGAGCGACUACAGUCGGGCCGCAAUGGGGAAAAAAAAAAUCUGAGAACUUCUAUGCAUCUUUAACCCUCUUUCUAACUGCAGGGAGAUGAACUCAUUAAGACUGUGGACUGACUCGAAGCGAAUCUGUGAACUUUUUUUCACCGUUUAUUCAGGACGCCAAUUCAAAGAAAAAAAAAGAAAGAAACAAACACGGUCGUUUUCUGUUCUUGUUUUUCCGUUUUGAUACCAGAUUCUCGUUUACUUACCAGUGUGAACCUUAAAGCAGCAUAUUUUAAUCCUCUCCAGAGUCGCAGGUGGUGGAGGACCCGUUUUUGAUACAUAAACAGACCUCAUGUUUUUAAAGAAAAGCAAACUAUUUUCAGGCGUAUUUUUGUACAGUGCAAAAAAAAAAUUAAAAAAAAGGAAUGUUCUUUACCGCGCGCUCAGUGAGUUUCAGGCACUUCUUUCUCACAUCAGUUUGUCUGAGCAUGCAAAGCGAGUCCCAGAUCAAUUCAGACUCGCCUCAGCAAUGCCUUGUGAUUUGAAGCUUUUUUUUUUUGUACAGCUGUAGAUCAGAUUCGUCCAGUAUUUGUAGAACAUAACAGCAUUUGUGUGUGUGUGUGUGAGAGAGAGAGAUGGAGAGUGAAAGACAGAAAGAGAAAGAGAUGUACCUCCAUGCUGGUACUAGUUUCCAGAUUGUAUAUGUACUGUAAAAUAGUAAAAGUUAGGAGUUUAUGUAUAUCAUACUCGUGAUAUGUGGAUGGGUCCCAAAUCGCAGGUGUGAAACUGGAUUUUUUUUUUGAAUUAUUAUUAUUAUUUGUUACGGCACAUACUGUUUCCCCUUCAUCUUUUUUUUUUGUGCAAUAUGUUUACUUGUAAAUGCAGACCAUCUACAUUUUUACUGUAGCAAAUGGUGGCCAGGCAGACAUGUGGGAUGUGAACAAUAUGAUCUGUCACCAUGCUGAAGUCUGUCUUUACAGUGAUAAGGAAAGCAAUCAGCUGGAACUGAUGGAUAAGAAAUUGAAAAUGACCACAUGACACGAUGCAUUACUGUGGAGGAAAAGAAAAAUAAAAUAAAAAUCACUAGCCCUUUUAAAAUGUUUGAUUUACAACAAGAAAUCUAUAGAAAAUGGCCCAGUUUUUUUUUUAAAUAUAAUAAUAAUAAUAAUUUGGCAGGUACUGAUUGUAGGUGAGCUGGCUGGAAAAAAAAGUCAAGCAAGCAAAAAAAAAAGUACAUUCCAUAUCCUUGUUUCAUAUGAUGGAACGUUUUAUGUUCAACAUAAAACUGCCUUCUUUUCUAAAUGCAACCAUAGACCUGUAUUUUUUUUUGGGUUUCUUGCACUUAAACAGAUUUUGUUUAUUUGAUGUGGGUCUUACAUGAAGUCUGUUUUGAAUAUGUGUUCAGGAAUGUGAAAAGCGAGAGAAGUGGUGACGCAUUGAGCAGCAGUUGCCUCACAUUCCAAGUGUGAAUCUCUUUGACUCAUGUUUUAAUAAAUAAAUAUCUACACCAUAAA